AUGGCACGCAGAGCAAAACGAAACUGUGGAUGUUCGUCAUUUUGCAACUGUUUGAGUCCGAUCCAGUUCCAGAUGUUCGCCCCAUUUCAGCCGAGUUGCACUUGUCAACAAGGACCCUCCUGUUUGCCUCAAUGCAGCCGAUCUGAACUUAGGUCUGACUGUGCUGAAACUUGUUUACGUGCAUGCGUUCCGUCAUGCACGGGUCGAACGGGGAAUCAAAUGGAAUGCACGCAAAAAUGCGGUGGCACGUGCAGCGCUGCUUGUCAGCUCUCUGCCACGCAUAAUGCUCAACAACAACAACAACAACAACAAAAGCAGAUCGUCGCCGCACCUCCUAGGCCAGAACAGCAAUGCGAGCAGAGAUGCCAGGGAGUUUGCGUAGGCGCUUGCGCUGCGAAAGCAUCGCUGCCAUCCGUUUGCGACACCACUUGCAAAAACGCUUGUAAAUUUGGCUGUCAGGACAUUGCCACCACUGCGGCUCCUAUUCGAAUCUCGAUCGAUAUAAGUGACAUGUUCUACGACACGAAUUGCGAUACGAAAUGCGGUCAGACCUGCCAUUCGCAAUGCGUUUCGCAGGGGAAUCCGGCGACGACAUGCGCCGCUUCUUGCGGUCAGCAAUGCGGGACAGCUUGCGCAGGACGCGUACUACAGGUAGAUCAUGCAGCGGCACUGUCACCAGCACUGUUACCGGCACCGAAUCCCUGUGUGCAGCACUGUAGCGAGCAAUGUCGACGCGCUUGUGCACCGGAGUUGGAACCGCUUUGCUCAAGUUCUUGCGAUGUUGUUUGUCGGUUGCGUUGCGCUGAAAAUAAAGCAGUUAUUCCAGCAAAAUCCGCACUAUCAUCGCCAGAACAAGCGCAGCAGUCACAACUUCAAUGUAUCCCGCCAUGUAUGCCAGCUUGUCUCCCCUCAUGCACUAAUAACGUAACUGUUGCACCAAUGAUCACCACAAGCACCACCGCCACCACCACCACCACCAGCACCACCCGAACCUCCACUGAACCACCUGUGGUUGUUGUACGCACUGAUUGUAUCGCUGUCUGUAUGCCUGUAUGCGCAGACGAUUGCAUCCAGGCAGCCACCACCACCACCCGCGCCACGAGCACCACCACCACCAGCACCUCCACAACUGCACCCAGCACAUCACCACCAUUACAAAUUCAUAUUAAUCUUUUUGUAUGUCCACCAACAUGCCAACCUUCCUGUGAAACAUCCUGUAUUCAGACAUUCACCAAUUCGCAAAACGUUCUCGCUCCAUCGAUGGCUGUUCAAUGUAUCCCGGCUUGCCGUCCUCAAUGUCUGGAAUCAUGCAUUCAAGCACAAAUGGUACCUCCAUCUGUACAAGUAUCCUUACCCACUGCAGCACCUACACAACCUCCACUACCACCACUUACACCUACUCAGAUUCCUGGACCACUACCGUCUCCCACAGUUUCUAUGCCACGAGUUUUAUCCCUACCAUGUGGACCAAAUUGUCAACCAGCAUGCGAUUUGAGUUGUAUCCGGUCGCAGGGAGGUCAGCCCACUACGGGCCACAUAACCGCUCCACGGCCAACAUCUGUCCCAAUGCAAGUGCUCUGUAUAGCCCCUUGCAUGCCGGCUUGUGAACCUAUGUGCAUAAUGAAAGCUCAGGGUGCUGUUACACCACCGCCAGCACCGAUGGUACCAGCACCAUCGUCACAAUGUAUUACCGUAUGUCAACCUGCUUGUGAACCUCAAUGUAUUCAGACACAUUCCCUUGUACAAAAUGCACCCGCUUCUGCAUCGCCAACCGCGGCCGUUCCCACGGGGUCGAUUUGCAUGCCAGCCUGUCGACCAGCUUGUGAACCUGCCUGCAUCCAGGACGUAUUCAAAGUGAUCGAAACCUCCAUACCACCACAUAAACAGUGCGCACAUGUAUGUAUGCCAAUGUGUCAACCAAGCUGUACACAGGCACAUCCGAUGGUAACGUCAGCACCGCAACAACGACCACAAAUCGUCCCAGGACCACUACCAGCGACCGCGUCUCCACAGCCCACGUUCCCCACCUCACCACCAAUGCAAUGCAUUUCCGCUUGUCAACCCGCUUGUGAAGAUUCCUGUGUUCAGCAAAAUACCGUACAUAUUACCGUAAACGAAAAUCAGGUUCAAUGCGUUGAACCGUGUCGUCCAGCAUGUGAACCGUCAUGUAUAAUGCAACACAAUACUCUGCAGCAAACCUCUCCUCAGGCUCAAUGCAUACCUCAAUGCCAACCACAAUGCACUCCACAGUGCAUUCAGAGCCAACAAAAACCGAAACAACUCAUUAUUCAAAUCCAGACAGUUCCUUGCCUCUGUGAGCAACAAUGUAUGAACGGCUGUCAACAGCACAAUAAGGACGUCACAAUUUGUGGUGGUGUUUGCAAAGAGGUCUGCGCCAAUGAUUGCGCGGUGCGUCAACCGCAAGCGCAGCAACAGCAAGCACUUAUCGAUUUUUCGGCUCCAGAAUGUUUGCCGAUAUGUGAACAAGCUUGCAACGCACAAUGCGUUGAACGACUUCCACAAGAACAAUGCGGAAAUCUAUGCCAUGGACAGUGUACGGUAGCUUGUACUCAGGCUCCAAUCCCAGCAUCUGCCGGUCCGUCUUGCAUUCCUGCUUGUCAACCUGCUUGUGAACCGAGCUGUGUGUACAAUCAAGCGCAACAACAGGUCGAACAAUGCCAACCAGCAUGUGAAUCCACCUGCAUCCGUGAAUGUCGACUGGGGAGUCCGUCAUUGGCGGCGAAUUGUGCUCCGUCCUGUACAAACAUCUGCGCACAGUCAUGCGCUGCGUUGGAUAAGGCGAAGAUUGUGCAACCGAUUGCACAACGAGCGGACAGUUGUACACCGAAAUGUAUGCGAGACUGUCAAAAUCUGUGCCCCGGGAAAACCGAGCAAUGCACUGCAGGUUGUGAAGCAAGUUGUACGCAACUUUGUGGACCAGCGCCAACACCUGUGAUUCAGUUGUCGCCUCCGUACAACUGUAAUCUUCCGUGUGAUGUACAAUGUACGCAGGAAUGUCUGAACAAAGAUAGUGGAUGUGGAUCGAACUGUAUGCAUAAAUGUGAAGUCGCUUGUCCAGUGGUGAGCUGUGAAAAUGCAUGUGAAACUGUAUGCAAGGGUCAAUGCGCAUUCUCCGGACAACAAUCACGACAAUGCGCUCCAGCGUGCACACAAUCUUGCGCCGAAUUGUGCGCUAAGAAAAGAGUGAAACGAGCCUGA